ACCCCACCCUGUUCAGCGUGUGGCUUCCUUUAGUCACCAGCGCGUCGUGUCAGCUUAAUUGAAAGACGCGUGCCUAAUUAACAUGUCGCGUCGCAUGUUCAGCGAUCUUUUGGUAUUCACAACGCAACGAGGCUCCUACUAUGGAUCUAAACCCAAGUCUCCAUCAUGAUGAUCUCGAUAACUACAACGUCGACGAUUUUGAUGACCCCUUUCAGUCCCCACCACCUGAAGUGAGAGAUGGCAACAGCAAAAACAAGAGGAAGAAGGCGGAAGCCCUGGGGCUUGACGAAGAGGUCGAGGUAGCGAAGCGAGUGAGAGUACCACGAGUGAAGUUGGACGAGACUCGACUGCUAUCUGAGAACGGAAUACCCAAGCUUCGGAAACGCGCCACGAACCUCAGAUUCAAGGGCAGGGGACAUGAAUUUUCUGAUGCAGGUCGUCUUCUGGCCUUUUAUCAGCUCUGGCUUGACGAUCUCUUCCCAAAAGCCAAAUUUCUUGAUGCUCUAGCCAUGGUCGAAAAGGCCGGACAUAAGAAGCAAAUUGCCCUUAAACGCAUGGAUUGGAUCAACGAGGGCAAACCUAAACCUUGGGAGGCAGAUGAGGACAAGAUGGAAGAAGGCACCCAGUCGACGGCCCAGAAAAAAGACAUGACGCCCUUGGCGCCCGCCGUAACGAUGGGUACAAAGGAACAGCGUCCAAUAACACCGGAAGGAGGACACAUGCCAGAUGAUGAUGAUAUCUAUGAAGCAACACCUCGGGUACCGGUCGGACGGCGGGAACGAGAACGAUCAAACCGGCCUAUUGAAGAACCCGAGGACGACGAUCUCGACGUACUGAUAGCCGAGGCGGAAGCUGUGUAUCAGGCACAGGCACAGUCUCGGCAGGCGCCAGAUGUGAAGUCCGUCACGGAAGAUUUUGCCGAUGAAGAAGCGGCCAUGGCAGAGAUGGAUGGACUGUGGUAAUAAAAGGUUAAGUUUGAGAGCGGUUGCAGUUUUCUAAGUUUGGGUAGCAAUGAUGACUCUGGACACGGCACACAUGGCAUUGGAGUAAGGGCAUGUAUGAAGUUCCCCAUCUCUUUUCGCAACGACCUGAUAUAAAGGGUUGCCUAUCUUGCCAUUGCCACAAUCGUGUCAUGCAACUUAUAUCGCAAUUCAAAUAUCAAAAUACCGAGCAUGCGAAAACGAGCACAAAGGGGAGU